AUGCGGUCUACACUCUCGACAUCUGCCUUCAGACAGGCUGCUCGUCCCCGCCGUCUACCAUCUCAGUAUUCACGCUUCGCCAGCUCAAACGCGGAGACAGCGCAGAAGAAAACCCAGGACGCGCUCGGGUCCGCCCAAAAGACAGCGGAAAAGCUUUGGGAGAGCUCAAAAAAGUUCCUUGGUCCCCUCGGUGAGCGUGCUGGAAGCAUGCUUGGAUCAUACCGUCAACCUGUGAUGUACAACUUGUCCGUUGCACGCGAAUUGUUGAAGCAGGUUUAUGUGGCGGAGCGUUUGCAACCUCCCACCGACCUUGCAGUAGUAAGAAGCGCAUACUCAACAUUAUGGAAUCGUGCUAGCAGCCAAGCAUAUUGGCGAGGGAUACUCAGUUCCGGGGAGUGGGUCAAGGUUGCCAUAUACGCUGUGGAAGCAUACGGUAUCUUCAAGAUUGGAGAAAUUGUCGGGCGGAGAAGCAUCGUCGGAUACAACCUUCAUUAG